UAUCAGCACGAGCUCUGCCAAAGUAAUGGUUGGUCAUUGUCUCUCUACAUAAUCACAUAUACUUGAGUAAGAUCACAACACGAUCAAGGUAUGCAAAUUUUCAUGCCAUUUCUUGUUAGUAUGUUUAUCUAUCUCAUUGUUUUUGAGGGAUUAUUUGAUCAUGUUAUUUGUUCAUAUUAUUUUAUGAACUUAUUUUAUAUAUGUCGAUCUUGUAACAUAGAUUUUGUGCUUGGACAUUAUCAAAAAAUGAAAAUUGCUUCUGAGUAGCAAAAUCAUUAUGGGUUGACUUAUCGAUUGCUACAUUGUACAUAGAGAGAAAUGAAAGUCUAAAGAUCUCAUUUUUCCCGAAGUGGAAAAAUGAAGAAAAAUGUAUCAUUGGUCUUGAACCCGAUAUAUGAAAAGAAGUUUUCUUUGUCCAAAAAUCAAUGGAAGGAAAAUGAAAAUCUAUAUGUGCUCCUGCAGAACUUAUGUUGGACAUGGUGUCCAUUGCAAUGAGAGAUUUGUUCAUGACUCUUUUUGCUAACAUCAUCAUUUUGAUGAGUUACCUUUCGAACGUUAAGGGGGAGAAAAGUAAACAGUUGGGCAUAGAUAUGAGUUGGAAUCAUCAUUAUCUCAUUUUGAUCCUCAAACGAAGAAACAUGAACCCGAAGUUCAUAUGGUGAUUCAUGGAGAAAAAAGAAAACGUAUUGAUUGCCAAACGCCUUUUUACCCACUAAAAGGAGUGAUUAUGAUACAUGCCCAGUUGUGAAUGCUCCAAUACAAAUUGAUGUCCAUAUUGGAUAAUCUAAUGAGUCUAAACGAGCGCAUGAAGCGUGGUAGACCAAUCGGUUCCAAGGAUAAAAAUCCUCGAGAAAGGAAGGAGCUAUAAAUUAAGAUGGUAAACUCGAGGAUAAAAUAGCUCUAGAAGAGUCAAGUCAUAAAAUUGAGAUCAUAGUUCCAGAAGAAUAGUAGGUACCUGAACGUUUUAAAAUGAAGAGAUCUCAAUUAAUUGGCUUGUAUGAAAAAAGUUCGAACCGAAGUGUAUUUAUUGUCGACAAGGGUUUUGAUUAUGAUGUAGCACUGAACGUGAUAGAUACAAAGAUGAUCAAAAGUAAAAGUCUAUUGAUGCAUGCAAAAGAAUAUAUAUUGGCCAAUAUAAAAGAAAGCAUUAGGCUAUUUGGUAUAAGUUUUGGACCAGAAGUCCUUACACCUGAAGAUGUAAAACUAACGGGAUACAAAUAGGUUUUGUGCAAAUGCGUAUGGAAAUUGUGAGAGAUAUAAUACAAUUUCUCAUGAGAGAUUUCUGGUAGAAACCUGACAUCAAUUAUGAAGAGACAUCUUGUGGUGGAUGCAACUAUGUUGUGCAAUUUAAAUAGUUUGGCAUUUCAAAAAGUAUGAAAUUUGCAUUUUGGUAGAUAUUGUGAUAGCCUAUUUGUAAGGAUCCCUUGAUAAUGAUAUUUAUACGAAAAUCCCUAAAGGAUUAGUUUGCCAGAAGCAAACAUGUGACGUUCUCGAGAACAAUAUCGAUCGAUAAAACAAUCCUUUGUUUGGAUUGAGUUAAAAUGGAUGAAUAUGGUAUAUUCAUCUAAGUGAAUAUCUGCUAAAGGGAGUGGUCAAAUAAGCCUUACGUGAUUAAAUUUGAAUAAAGUGCAUUAGAGCAUUUGCAUUUGGUAUGUGUGAUUGUGUAAUGACAUAUAGGCUUAUGUGCAUGAUAUUGUGGUUUUAGUUAUACGUUUAUUUAUGAAAUGUGGAUUGGUUAAGUGAUGUUGUGUGUAUGACGUGCCUUUUUUUCUUGUGACCUUGUAGUAAGAAGUAAUUGUUUGCAUACAAUUGUGUUAGCUAUGUUUUAUAGUUAUUUGGAAGAAAAGAGUCGAGAAAUUAUUUUAUAAUGAUCUCAUAUGUUUUAGUUGAUAUGAACUCCAAAAGAGCUUCAUAAAGCAUGGUUUGCUUAAAGAAAGAAAAUUGAACUCUAGAAGAGUUUCAUAUAGCAGGGAUUGCUUAAAGAAAGAAAAUUGAACAUGGAGGAUUUAAUAAGAUCCUUUUUGAAUCAGGAAGACAAUGUCGGAAAAGUGAAAGAACAAUUUUGUAUGAAAAAAUUUCCAUAUGUUCAACAGCCUAAUGAUCAUAAGGUCACUAGAAGUGAACAAACUACAACGAUCAAUUCAGGCAUUGAGAUAAAAGUGAAUUAUUCGGUCCUGUAGUACCGUAUGUUAAUGUCGUUAGAGAGAAAAUGUAUCUCGCUAUACUUCAUUGAGUUAUACUUCGUUACUAUAGGUAAUGAUGAUGAUCAUAGAUGAGUAAUUUGUUUACAUAUGCUCGUUCAAGUGUCUCAUGGAGAUUCCAAAGAAAUCGCAAUAGCAACAUCAUCUGAUCAUGCACAAUGGUCAACAAUUCAUGAGACUUGUUAUGAAUUGUUUGGUUAAAAUUUGUGAUCCAACACGUCUAAAUGACUUGUGGUUGUGGAUUAUAUUCAUAGCAAAUGAUCCUGAAGAUCAUGUAUGAAGAAAAUGGUUCUAAUGGAUCAUGCAUAAAGUGACAAUCUAGAAGAUUUGUUCACUAAGAAACUUACCAUGACGAUAUUUAAAAGUUAUGUUCACAAAACUACUCUUUGAUGUUGUCAUGAGGGGGAGCAUAUACGUACUGCACUCUUUUCCCCUUAACCAUGGUUUUUCCCACUGGGUUUUCCUGGUAAGGUUUUUAACGAGACAGUUUCAGAUAGCGUAUUAUGAUGAUUAUGUACUCUUUUUCCUUCACUAGGAUUUUAUCCCAUAGGGUUUUUCCUAGUAAGGUUUUAAUGAGGCAUAUUCUCAAUAGAUGGACAUCCAAGGGGGAGUGUUAUGAAACAAUAUAGUAUGGUGGAUGUCCAUUGGAUGCUACUUUGGAUUCCAUAUGGGAUGAUACAUUAUGAGGUAAUUACCUCCCUACAUUGAUCAUGGAAAUGAAUUCUCUUCAUGGUUAUUAUAUCACAUUUAUGUGCAUUGAUAGAGGAGAAUGUGAAGAUUAUGUAUAUGUGCCUAUAAAUAGAGCUCCCCAUUGUACAAAGGAAUAAGAUGAAUAAGAAGAACUCUUCCCCUCUCUAACUUUGUGUCUUUUCUUCUCCAUACUCUCUCAUAGUUGUUUAUAUAUUCCUUAAGUUUCUUAAUAGUGACCUAUUUUUGUUUUAAUUGUAAAAAAAGGCUUGAUUCAGCCGAGCCACAAGAUGCUCUCUUCCCCCUCCGCCGUCCGAUCGCGGAUCGCCUACCUAGCGUAAAAUCCGGCCGUAUUAGUAUAUACUGAGUUAGCAGAAUAACCUAUUGCCUGAUUCGGACGAAGAGCAAAAUCACCGUCAUAAUUCGCCGGCAAGCAACUCUUCCCCGAAACCCUAGUAAUUUAACAGGUUUGCUUCUAGGCCAUUUCAAUUCUAUGCUUUGUGAAUUGCUUUCUGUUCGCUUGGUUAGAAAAGGGAUGUCUGAUUUUCUUCGGGUCGGGACGUUUCCGCUGAUGCCAGCGAACCACAACUCGAGCGUCGUUUAUGAAUAUAUUUCUUCAUUAGCAGUGCGACGUGGGGAAUCGGAUAGUGUCAAUGAUAGACGUUGGAACUUAUGGUUUCUCUAUGUAUUGUGUUGUGUCCAUUUUCUAUAACUUCCAUUUGUAGAAUUAGGGUUUCUUGUUCAUUGGGAUGGAAUUUAUGCCUGUGGCAGUAUGACUGAAUUUUUUUGGUUGUGGGUUUUGGGGCGUUCGUUGUGUUGUUGAUGAUGCCUGGAUUAUGCCCCUUUAUGCUGUGGAACUUGAUUUGUGAAUUUUGUUUUUGUUUCUUGUUGGUGUCUAUCGAGGAUAGGUAGGGAGCAAUGACGACUGCAGCUCGACCAACGUGGGCUCCUGCCAAAGGUGGUAAUGAACAAGGUGGUACCCGCAUUUUCGGUGCAUCGCAGAAGUACUCAUCAAGGGACCUUGCUGCUCAUACAAAUCUCAAGCCGAGGAGGGAAGGUCAAGACACUCAGGGAGAGCUUCAAAAAAGGGACCUUCGUGCGGAGCUUGAAGAACGUGAAAGGAAGCAUUUUUCAUCGAAGGACAGGUCAUACAGUGAUGACAGAGACCGUAGAAGGGGAAGUCAGCUUCUUUUGGAAGGAUUGAAAAGAGAUGCAGAAGACCGCAUUGUUCCUCGCAGUCAAGAUGCCGAUGAUUCGGAUGGUGAAGGAAACAACAACGACAAGAGUGAUGAUAGUGAUGAUGAUGAUGAGGAGGAGGAAGAUGAUACCCAAGCUCUGAUGGCUGAGCUCGAGAGGAUAAAGAAAGAAAGAGCAGAAGAAAAGCUCCGACAGGAGCAAGCACUUGCAGCUGAAGAGUUGAAAGCCAAAGAAGAGCAGCUUCUCCGUGGAAAUCCAUUGCUUAAUAGUAAUAACCCAACAUCUUUCAGUGUGAAAAGAAGGUGGGAUGACGAUGUGGUUUUCAAGAACCAGACUAGAGGUGAAACCAAGACGCCAAAACGUUUCAUCAAUGACACCAUCAGGAAUGACUUCCACCGCAAGUUCUUGCAUAAGUACAUGAAAUAAUUUUGGUGGUAGCAGCAGCAACAACAGUGAUCAAAAUCGUUCGAGAACUUAGCCCCCAUCAAAAGAUGGCUCUGCGAUUUAUCAUUUCCAUGUACUUAUGUGUCUGGCACGUUAAGCAAUCAACUCUGCUCAUUCCAUCUCCACUUGACAUUUGCGUCUGCACGUUUCCUUUCGGAUGAUUCUUUAUCAACUUUGUAGCUGACAAAUGAUUGUAUUUAUGUAAAAUAUGCUGUCAAAUUUGUUUCUUUCUCAAAAUCAAUGGCUGCUUUAGUCAUAAAUUUUGAGUUCCGGA